UUCACGUGCUACAUAGGCUUUCUUUAUCUAUUGCAGGUUAACAAUGAAAAUGUAGUUAAGGUUGGUCACAGGCAAGUGGUGAACAUGAUUCGACAGGGGGGCAACCACCUAGUUCUGAAGGUUGUCACGGUAACCAGAAAUCUGGAUCCAGAUGACACUGCGAGGAAGAAAGCACCUCCUCCUCCGAAGAGAGCGCCUACCACUGCAUUGACCCUUAGAUCCAAGUCGAUGACAUCGGAGCUCGAAGACUUAGUGGAUAAAGCUUCAAUGCGGAAAAAGAAGGAUAAAACAGAUGAAGUGACAUCAUCCUUCAAACCAUCAAGAGGUAGUGAAAAUACUGCAGUUGAUUCCAGAGUUGCAACUAUAAAACAGCGCCCCAGCAGCCGGUGUUUCCCUGCAACAGCAGAUUUAAACUCAACAUUUGAUCGCCAAGGAAUUCCUGUAAUGCCUCCUACAGUUCCAGGAAGCCCUAAACCACCUUACCUAGGUUUGCCUCGAGGUACAGUUAGAAGGCAAAAGUCCAUAGGAAUUACAGAAGAAGAGAAACAGUUUCUGGCACCUCCUAUGCUCAAGUUUACUAGGAGUCUCUCCAUGCCUGACACUUCAGAAGAUAUCCCACCUCCACCUGCAACAUCACCUCCUUCUCCUCCAUAUAGUGCACCUCCAAAAUCUCCAACACCAACAAGAAGUUAUGGGACAAUAAGGCCUAGUAAUAAUCAGAAUUCUGGUUCAAAAAGUCCUACUCCAAAUAGAUCAGAAAAUAUUGGAACUAUACGAAGGGACAAGGGGGUGUUUUACAGGCAAGACUCAGAACACUUUUCCCUAGAUUCUGAGGAAACCUAUAAACAGAAUAUUUCUUCUCAACAGAAUUUAAGAAACAGAAGAGCUCCUUUGCCUGAAAAUCCAUACUCUGAAGUAGGAAAGUCUGCAAACAAAGGAGUUUAUGUGCCAGCGAAACCAGCCCGUCGGAAAGGAACUUUGGUGAAGCAGUCAAAUGUAGAGGAUAGUCCAGAAAAAACUUGCUCAAUUCCAAUUCCAACUAUUAUUGUUAAGGAGCCUUCAACUAGCAGUAGUGGGAAAAGCAGUCAAGGAAGCAGUAUGGAAAUUGAAACCCAAACUUCUGAUCAUUCUGGUCACCUUAAGCCAGAAGAUAAUUUGAAUUUCAGCAGUCCAUUCGCAGCAGCCAUUGCUGGGGCAGUGAGGGACAGGGAAAAACGAUUAGAAGCAAAAAGAAACUCUCCAGCAUUCCUUUCUACAGAUAUGGGUGAUGAAGAUAUUGGGCUAACACCAGGUCCUAGAUUAAGACAUUCUAAGUCAAUUGAUGAAGGAAUGUUCAGUAAUGAGGAAAGACGCAGUCAUCUUCUGUUACCAUCCUCCUUACAUUUACCUAGAGCACCAAGCUUGUUUAAUAAUGUGGACUCAAACAGUCACACUGAAGCCACUAAUGCAAGGACAGUAAAUGCUUCAUCAGCAAUAGAAAUUACAGAAACUGGUACUGGAACUACAAGAAAUUAUAAUAUAUCUGGAACAAGUAAUUAUGUCCAUCCUGUAACGGGAAAAGUGUUAGAUCCCAACUCUCCUUUAGCCCUUGCCUUAGCUGCAAGAGACAGAGCCAUGAAUGAACCGAAUCAGCAGGCCCCUAGUAAACCAGAGGCUGGGAAGGCUGCAGACCUUAAUAAACCACUUUAUAUUGAUACAAAAAUCAGACCAAAUUCUGACAUGGCAUUCACAGCAACAUCCACUAUCGCUAGAAAGAGUGCACGUGGUGCACUGAGAAGGCAGGAAACAGAGGUUAAGCAUGAUUCUGAAAUGCUUAAAGAUGAGAGAAAAACAGAAGAGAAGAAAAACAUGUUGAUAAAUAUUGUAGAUACAUCACAGCAAAAAACAGCUGGGUUGCUGAUGGUCCACACUGUAGAUGGAAACAAAGCAGAUGAUAGUAAUCUCAGUGAAAGUGAAAAGGAAGAAAAGAAGCGAACUUCGGACAAUGCCUCAGCUGAAUUAAAAGACGACAAUCAAGAGGCUGCAGAUUCUUCACAGACAUCAGCAAAACUUGAGCCAUCCACUUCAUUUAGCAAAGCUAUCAUCACAGUUAAUUCAUUCGAUGAGCCCAUCAUCGUUCCAUUCCGUAUCCCACCACCUCCUUUAGCUUCAAUCGAUAUCGAUGAAGACUUUCUUUAUACAGAGCCAUUACCUCCACCUUUAGAAUUUGCCAACAGCUUUGACAUUUCUGAUGACUCACCAACAGUGCCAUCGAUGUCGGACAUCUUAAAGCAGAGGAAAAAUGAAAAAUUUCCCCCACUGCCUACAUUUAACUCCAGUUUAUCAAUGAAUUCUGUAGAUGGAAGAAAACAGAUGGCGGUUUCAAACUGUUUGCCUGGGCCAUUUGUUCCACCACCAGAAAAUUUCGAUAGUGUUGCUGAUUCGGGGAUUGAGGAUGUCGACACUAGAAGCAGCACUGAGCAUCACUUGGAGACAACUAGCACUAUUUCAACAGUGUCCAGUAUCUCAACCUUGUCUUCUGAAGGUGGAGAGAAUCUGGAAACAUGUACAGUCUAUGCAGAUGGGCAGGCAUUUCUGGUAGAUAAGCCCCCAGUACCUCCUAAGCCAAAAAUGAAGCCCAUACUCACUAAAAAUAAUGCACUUCACAAGGAUGCCCUUAUAGAAGAAACUGUAGAUAAUUAUAGUAUUCCCCCACCUGCCCCACCCCCUCCCCCUUCGGGUACACAGACCAAUAUUCCCAUAAUUGUACAACAGAGAACUUCAAAGCUCUGGGGGGAUGUCCAGGAAAUUAAAAGUCCUACAUCCCCAGAUCCAAAAGCCAAUGUUAUUAGUGAAUUGAACUCCAUACUUCAACAAAUGAACAAGGAUAGGUCCCCGAAACUCUCGGACAGUUUGGACUCUUCUUUGGGAACAAGGUCAACUGCAUUUGGAACAAGGGGAACAGAAGGCUUAACGACCAUCUCAGGAACAAGGAAUUCAAGCGUCACUUUCACUAUUCGGCCUGGAAAUAAUCCACCCAUAUCAUUGCAGAAUAGAACGACAGAGUUUGAUAGAACUUCUACUACAAGACGUGCUCCGAGUCCUGUAGUAUCUCCCACAGAAACACUUAAGGAGAUGAGAUCAUCUUCUUUGCCAUCUUCAGCUUCUUCUCCUACUCUUUCUGACAUAUUUUGUCUGCCAAGCCCACAGGCUACCGGGGAACUAUUUAGUCUAAAUACUGGAAGAAGUCGAUCUCCAUCCCCCUCUGCCUUGCAACAGUCAAUUUCAAACAAGCCUUUUACAAGCAAGCCAAUCCAUCUAUGGACUAAACAGGAUGUAGCAGACUGGUUAGAAAGUCUAAAUCUAGCAGAACAUAAAGAGGCCUUUAUGGAUAAUGAAAUAGAUGGCACUCAUUUACCAAACCUUCAAAAGGAAGAUUUAAUAGAUCUUGGAGUGACUAGAGUUGGACAUCGAAUGAAUAUAGAACGAGCUUUAAAACAAAUUUUAGACAGAUAAGAGAGGCUGAACUUUUCUCUCAGACUUUGUUCACUCUCAAGUAUCUAAUUAGAUAUGAAACGGCCUUUGGUAGUAAUGGCACAAAUUACAUACCUUUUGGUACUGUAAGUUAAGGUGGUUGUACAGUUAGUUUAUAAGCACAAUAUGACAAGGAAAUGAUUUAACCAGUUUACUGGGUGGCCUGUUUUCUGCUGCUGCUACAGGCCCCGAGGAGUUUAAGGAAGAUGUAUGAGAUUUCUCGAACAGUAUUUCUUUAAAAUAGAUGUAAUCUUUUUAAUCGACCUCAUUUGGAUGCAUCUAAACCAGCAGAGCUGUGUUGCAUUUUCUAUCUUUGCUAGACUUUCUUCCAAGAAAUGCAAGUACUUCUAAAAUAAAAAUGUAGAUAAAAUUGACAUUAUAUCAAAUGUUGAGAAGCUCUAAUACCAUGUAUGUUAUGUUUUAUUUUCCUGUUAAAAUGUGUUUUUAACUAAUUUCCAUUUGAAAUGAUGCAUUUUACUGAAAGUCCUAAGUAAACCUUGAAAGUAAACGAGGGGAAGUAAGAUGUUUAACAAUUAUUCAUUCUCUAGCUUUCUUUCAGCAUUUGUUGAAAUCGGUACUGGGCAAGCAUUUUAUAACCGCCCGGUCAGAACUGUUACAAUGGCAUCAGUAAGUAUAGUAUGGAGGAAAAGAAACUAAUCAUCACUGUCUUCCAUUUGAGUGAAGGUGUUAGUGUGCUAUUAUUUAGCAAGUAAACUACUCAAAUAUUGCAUAAUUUUUUCCUUUAAUGAGUCUAACAAAUUUUAAGACGUGCCAGUAAAAGAUAUUAUUGUCACAAGAGUUGGUGAAGCUGCAGUAUUCCUUUAUGAAAAGUUAACAUGAUACCAAUCAUUCUUUUGGUGGCAUAUGGGGCACAAUCAGAUAUAUAUAUAGAUAUAUAUAUAUAUAGAUAUAUGCAUAUAUAUUUUUAAUGUUUAUUGUGUGUUGUGUGCCUAAAGGGGAUCUAUAAAUGAUUGCUACUCAUUUUAUAUAAGACUUGUUUGCCUAAAGAAUGAAAUAUUAGUUCUAUUAGAACAUAUUGCUGUUUUUCAGCAAAAGAACUGUGAAUGAUUUCAACUGGUAUAAUUUGAAAUGAAAAUUUAUAUUAUACCAAAUCCUGCUAUAUUGCUACAGUGCACCAGUGUUUCAACAUAUAUAAACCAUCUUAUGUAAUGGGUUUCCCAAGUGUUAGGGCCAGCAUUUGUUCUAUACUGUAAUAUUCAAAAGCUGCAAUUACAUGCUUAGUUUAUGGCAAGUUGUGUAUACAUUACCAAAGUAUCACAACAUGUAAAAUUGUGUAUAACUGUAAUGGUACCUUUUUUAGAUACCUGAGCACACUUUUAAGUCGACUCUGAUAAAAACAAAAUAAUGACUAGAUGUGACUGUUGAUUUGCAGAAUUUACAUAUACAGCUAAUGAUUUGUGGUACCUAAGUUAGCAAAGUAGUUGAUUUCUGAGUUCUUACUAAUAAUUACAGCAUUACCCAGUUGAUCUGGCAAUGACUAUGUAUGAGCCACAGAUAUAAUUUCUAAUUUCCCUUAGACUUUCUUUUCAUUUUUAGAUGGAUCUUAAGAUGUUUCUCGCUAUAGUUUGUGUAAAAGACUUGUGUUCAAGUUUAUAUGUUGCUGUAAUUUUGUGCUUUAAUUCCUCUAAUUUAGAAAUGAUUAAAAUGUUCCUGUAACUGCACUUUCCCAAUCCUUAAUAAUCUUGUAUGCCAACCAAAAUUACUGUAAGAAAUAAAUAUAAUAUUGCACUAA